AAUACGAGGUUCUCCAUCGGCCACCAUUUGCAAUCGUUCAUUUGCAUUCGUUGUUAUUCUCGUCGGGUUUUCAUUAUAUUCAGUGUCAUCGCCUUGCAUAAGCAGCACGAUGUCGUUUAAUCGAGGAGUGAAAAGAGAUUCCUUUGGAAAUCGGGGGAAUUUCAAUCGGGGCGGUAGCGGAGGCAGUGGUAACAGAAUCGGCAAUAACAUGGGUAACAGCAACAUGGGAAAUAAUAUGGGUGGAGGAAUGAGUGGUAGCGGCGGUAUGGGAGGAAUGAAUCCUUGGGAAGGUGGUAUGAUGCCUGGCAGAGGCAUCUUACCUACACCCAAUAAUAAUCUCUCUCUGGCAUCGCCACAGGCACAACUGGCUAUUGCUAGUAAUCUUCUUACAAAUCUUCUUCGCAGUCAGCAAGAAGUGCAACCACAGGUACCAUCCCUCAUGAGCCUUGGAAAUAAUUAUUCUGGACCAGGACCAAAUUAUCCCAAUCAACAGAACUUUUCCUCAGGACGGUUUAGCGAUCGACCAGCACGGCAUCCUAUAAAGAAUCAACGUCCUCAGCCUUACAACAAAAUGGGCAAUCGAGCCCGAGAUGGCCCUGCUGGGCGGCGUGGCCCAUCCGCACAACAAUCUCGUGCACCCCAGUCUGGCAGUCAACGUAUGAACGGAAACCAAAUCCAACAUCGCAACGAUAAAUCUUCUAAACCAAUUCCUGCCUCUAAACAAAAUCAGACUGCCAAAAAGGAACAGCAGGAUGUUAAGACUUCUGAUAGCGAAAAAGCAGAACCGCCUGUUCCGAAAAGUGACGAUGUGGACGAAUCCGAGGGCAAAAAGCGCGAUUGGAAGGAUGAGAAAGGAGAAGUAUCUGUAAAAAUAAAAUCUGAAAAAACAGAAGAUGAAAAAGCAGAAGAUACCGAGAAAAAGGUGGAAAACCCUGUCAUUGUGGAAGACUUCACAACAAAAGAGGUGAAAGACGCAGUUGAAAAACCCGAGAAAGAAAACAUGAAAACGACUGGUAAAAAAUCAGAGGCUAGACACGCUGAGAGUCGUUACGCCGAAGUUCCGAUGAGCCACAUGUUUUGUCACAUUUGCAACAAGCAUAUGUGGGAUGGAUUUUCUUUUGAAAAUCAUCUACGUGGACGUGCGCAUCAAUUGAUGAUGGAAAAAUUGGACGAAUCAUAUAAAUUAAAGGUCGAUCUGAUGAGACACGAGUUGCGAGUCGCCGAGGAGCAGCGCGAACUUAGCUUAAACAACUCGAAACGACGUGGCAAGAAAGUCUCUGUGGAUUUCAAUGUGAGAGAAUAUUGUACAAUGUGCGAUUUGAACUUUUAUGGAACUUUAUCUACACAUAGAAAAAGUGAGAAGCAUCAGCAACUGAAAACAUUCUUGCAUCCUCGAUGCUUUCCUUGUCUAAAGGAAUUCCCAUCUCGUAUAGAAUAUGACGAACAUUGUUUAACACCUGCUCAUAUGAAAAAUGCCGUUCAAUGUGAGGAACAACGAAAAAAUAAGAAAAAAGAAAAACUAGCAAAAGGAGAAGCUGAAGUUCGCACUGCAGAAGAUGAAGAGAAAGAUGUUUGCCAUGACACAAAGAAUGAAAAAGAAGAGGAUUCAGGAGAACAAGAAUAUAUUACAGAUAUUAUUGAAAAUAUAAAUGAAAAGAAAUUUAAAGUGCCGUCGUAUAAAUAUUGUCGUCAGAAUCAGAUCUUUAUUGGUAAAUCUAUGGUCAAGGAGGUUCAAGGAUUUUAUUGCGAGCGUUGUCGAAGAUUUAUGCUCCUGCCAGAAGAUAUGAAUGCUCAUCUACGCAGCAUCACUCACUAUCGAAACUUUUUAGCAGAGGUAAAAUUGUUAACAUCGAAUACAACAGCUACAGAGUCAAAAGAAACUGAACAAACUGAGAGUGAGAAAAAUGCCAUUGAAGAUAAGGAGGAAUGCGACGGAAAUCGAAAACGUCGCAAGCUCAGUCAUGAUGAAAAUGAAGAUAACGAUAAAUCGCUAGAAUUGCAGGAAAAUAAUGCAGAUAAUGCAAAUGCGGCACCAAAGAGAUCAGAUGGAGAGGAGAAGUAUGAUCCUUUAGAAGCCGAUGCCGCCGAAUCGGAAGAGGAAGAAAAUCGCGAAGCGGAAGAAAGCAUGAAAGAGAUUAACGCGGAAAAUCCUGCUAACGUACAGGAAAAAAAGACACCAGUUGAUGAAAUGUGGGCGGACAUAGACAAUGACAACGAUGUGGAAAUGGGUAAUUUAGUCGAUGAUGUGGACGAAAAAGGACACGUAGAUCACGAAAAAUCUAUUCAGAAGAUAGAUCGAAAUCACAGUCCUCAAAUAAAACCUAGAGGUCGUGGAUUUGUACGUGGACGUGCUGGUCCGCGCGCUAGAAGAUCUCGACGAUAAAAUAAUAAUGAGGUUAAACGUGCGAAAAAAAUGUAUUGAAGAGAGAAUUUCAAUUAUAUGUUUUGUGUGUUAAGAUAAGUUUUAACAAUACAAAAAUAUAAAACACGUUUUCUAUUGAAGCGUAUCUGGUGUAAUAUUACAUAUACUGUUAUAUUUACAAGCGUAAAUAUAUAAAUAUAUAUAUAUAAUAGUAUAAGAUUUUAAUCCAUAAAGUGAUUAUCAGAAAAGAAAAGGUACGCGCGAGAGAUGUCAGAAUUUUUGUACAUGUAUGAAUUUUUAGCCACGUACAGUGUUAUGAAAGCCGUUUUUUCGCACAUGCAUAGUAAGGUCUAGCAGCUCUGUGUCAAGGAGAAAUAUAUAGCAUUGAUCCGUAUAUAAUGUUGCAAAAUAUAAUAUACAGGUGUUUCUAAAACUAUGUCGGAGAUUUUAAGGGCGUAUUCUAGAGUUUAAAAUAAGAAAAAAAUCUUAUAUAAACAUGAGUCCAAAAAUGCUUUUCCUCCGAGUUAUAGCCCCCCAAAGUUGAGGGAAAAAAUCGAAAGAUGUAUUGUAAUUCUCGGAGACUUUUUCAUAGAACGUUAAAGUUUUGCACAGCGUAAUAAUUAAUAAUGAGCUUCAUUUUUAUGUGGUUUUAACAAUUUUUGCCCUCAACUUUAGAGGGCUAUAACUCGGAGGAAAAGCAUUUUUGGACCCAUGUUUAUAUGAACUUUUUCCUAUUUUAAUCCCUAAAAUACACCCUUAAAAUCUCCGACAUAGUUUUAGAAACACCCUGUAUAGUUUUAGAAACACUGUACAGUAAAAGUAGCAAAAUACAUAUAUACUAUACAGGGUGUCUCUAAAGUAAAGCGAUUCAGUUUCGGAAACAGUUUUAGAUAUAUGGAAAAAUGUUUCAGGUUAAAGUUAUAAGAUAUUGAGGAGAAUAGAUGAUAUGAAAAUAUGGAUUUGACUUUGAGUGAUCUUUUCAAGGUGAAUGGGAUCUAUGUUUUCUCAAAUAGAACUUUCCUUUUUUUAUUACAUAUUCUUAUAACUUUGUUGAGACGUUCUUACAACAUUAUAAUAAAGUAGAAAAGGUCAUUCAAGGUCAAAUCCAUUUUCAUUUGUUUCCCUUAUUAAAACUUUUGUCAAGAACAUUUGUUCAUAUUUAAAACCGUUUUUCUGAAGCUGAGACUUUAGAGACGUACUGUAUAUAGUACAUAUUUUUCCUUAAAUUACAAAAACUUUUGCAAAAUUAUGUAUAUGAAUGAUAAUCUUAUAAUAAUCUUUUUAUACAUAUAAACAUAUAUGUGUAUGUAUACACACACACACACACACUUGUAUCUAAUCUCUGUUGAGUCUUUAAAAAUUUUCACACUUACAGCACUUAAUACUUAACUCCUGUUUAUGCAAAUUAUACAUCAUUACUAAUCGUUAUGGCCACGCAUGUGCGAAAAAACGCAGCUCAUCUCAUAUCACUGGCUGUGUGCAUUAUUACCUGUCUCCCAGAUCUUGAACUCAUCACUCGGAUAUGGCACUAUUAUGUAUCAACGAAGAGAAUUAUUGGAUAUUGCAUGCGAUUAAAAUUAUAUUUAGAGAAAACUGUAUUUGUGUAUAUGAUAUCAAGAAAUAGAAUCUUGUAUUAAUAUAAAUGAGAGAGAAUUACUAUCAAAAUUCCAAUGUACGUUUAAUACAAUGAUAUACAUAAUCAUAAAAGUACACAUAAUAUUUAAAUUUAGAUUUUAUAUUGUCACAAGAGUAUUUCUACAAUUCCUAUAUCAUUUUUUCAUAUAACAGAGAAUUAUAAGAAUUUCCAAACUCUCCUUAUGCUCGUGUAUAUAGAUAAAUAAGUUGUUCCUUUAUUUCUUAGAAAUUCAAGCUUUUUUAAAGCUGCAUGCCGAUAUAUAUUGUAUAAUUUAAAAU